AUGUUGAUAAARUACAAACGAGAAGCAGGUCGAUACUGCAACUUCUGGAAAAGCGCAUUCAUAUUGGUCUGUUUUCCCACCGCGGUGUGGAUAAUCUUGGYCUGGGCACGUGAUGUUGAUCCGGUUCUGAUGCUAAAACGAUCUAAUUUUUAUAAAAAUCAAGUAAGAGCAAAUAGUGCAGCAGUGUCCAACGACGCAGUUGGCAAAGAGACUGAGUUAUUAAAURCGUUGCUUAACUUAACCGAGAAACACAGACCUCGCAUCGACUGGAUUCGGGAUCACAUCGCAGGGCUUCGAAAUCAUAAGCCUGAGAAACUUGUUUAUGGAUCCACGCCAUAUGAAGCGCGCGGACUGGAAAGAUUGCGAGUCACUCGAAAACCACGGGUCACUCCGCGUGUCUAUCAAAAUGUAGUAAUUGUCACUCCGAARCCACAUACUCCUGACGAGGGAAGGAUUGAAUUCAAAGAGAAAAGUGAUUGUGUAACAGGCCAUGAGCUGUUGACCGCCUUUUUUGAACAAGUUAUUCCUGAUUUUAUGUCAGGGAAGUUAAACGUCCACAUAUGGGAUCGAAUUUGUGGCCCUUACGUCGAACAGCUCCGACAGUCUCCGUUAUUUCCUCGGUUUCCGAGUCAUCGACGAUUUGUUACCGGGUUCAAAGCGGAAUUCGAAGAUAUUGAAUAUGGUGAAAGAAUCUUUGGUUACAUUCAUUCCAUGGCAGAGGGAUUUUACCAAUUCGCCAUCGCUUCGGAUGAUUCCUCCGAGCUCUGGCUUAGUACCGACAUCGAUCCGAAAAAUGCCCGAUUGAUUGCGACAGUGUUUUCUACCAAGGGUACAGGAUGGACCAAAACGGGCGAUUUCCAAAAAUAUCCUUCACAGAUAUCCAGAGGAAUUCAGCUCAAAGCUGGAARAAAGUACUACAUUGAAGUUUUACAUAAACAAGCGCGCGGAAAAAGCCAUCUUCAAGUUCUAUGGAAACCACCUCGGUAUAAGAAGCUCGUGAAAAUAGAUAACAAAUUUCUUUCACUUUUUGUUGACGACAACGAUUUCAAGUCUGUUGAUGAGUCACUUAAAGGCAAUGAGUUCGAGUUGUACGCCCCGAAAAACGUUCCAAGUCAYACGAAGAAAAAGCUGGAUCCUACGGUAGAAAAGUCCAUCUACAAAUGUUGAGGACACAUUCAGAAGAGACUCGCGUGCACCUGUAUAUGCACUACCAUUAAAAAGAGAACUGUUGAGGAUUUUUUAGUUCAAUUUUAUUUUGCAGUGUAAAAAGAUUGCAAGCUGCAUUGCAAACGCGAUGUGGAUUAAGGAGAUAGGCCUCCUAUAUCUUUGCUUCAUUGACCCAUUAACUCAAACCAGUUCGAAUGGGUACAGAAAUAUGUAUUUGUUAGCAUGA